AUCGCGUGCGUCGGACGCGAGGGUAGUGUGUGCCUCUGCUCCCAGCCCAUCCCACAGUGGCCGGGCAAGCCGGGAGGACUUGUUACAGGCCCGUGUGGCUGGCCGGAGGUUGAUGUCUUGAGUGGCGCACAGUGGUGUACAGCCUCCUCAGUGGUGCAAAGUCCAAUCAUUUAAUUGUGUUGUGAGUUGAAGAAUGUGUAACAGAUUACGUUCGUGCAAGUUCCCAAUGUGAUUGUGUCAGUUUAGUUGAUUGAUCUCUAGUGUAGACCGCGGCCUUGACCUUGUGAUCUAGUGACGAUGUCGGUGUGCAGGCACGUGGCAGUGGCGGCGGCCCUUCUGGUGCUGGGCCAGGAGAUCCACGCCUCGGGGGGCGGCUACCUCAAGAUGUUUGAGGCGCAGUACAACCCUCCUGACCCGUGCUACGACGAGACUGGCAGCCUCCCCAAGAAGUGUGUCCCCGACUUUAUCAACGCGGCGUUCGGCCGGCCCAUGGAAUCCUCGAGCACGUGCGGCACUCCCCCCUCGCGCUACUGCAUCACCACGCAGGAGAAGGGCGAGGUGAAACGGAAGUGCGAGGUGUGUGACGCCAGCGACCCGGCCACCUCCCACCCGCCCCACUACCUCACCGACCUCAACAACCCCAACAACCUCACCUGCUGGCACUCGGCGCCCAUCGACCCUCUCAACCCCAACAACGUGACUCUCACGCUCUCACUGGGCAAGAAGUAUGAACUCACGUAUGUCAGCCUCCAGUUCUGCGGCCAGAAGCCAGACUCCCUCGCCAUCUACAAGUCCAUGGACUAUGGCCAUUCUUGGAUCCCAUUCCAGUUCUUCUCGUCCCAGUGUCGCAAGGUGUACCGCCGAAGGAGCCGCAUGGUGAUCGGCAAGGCCAACGAGCAGGAAGCACUAUGCACUGACGCCCACCUCAGCCUCAACGACCCCGUCACCAUCCCGGGUUCGCCGAGGAUCGCCUUCAGCACUCUGGAGGGUCGUCCCUCUGCUGGCGACUUCGACUCCUCCCCGGUGCUGCAGGACUGGGUGACUGCCACCGACAUCAUGGUGGUUCUGGACCGCCUGCACCCAGAACUGGACGAAUCCACGGCCGACAACGAGAGUGUGGCUCAGGAAAGUUUCACGUAUGCUGUCGCUGAUCUGGCUGUCGGCGGACGCUGCAAGUGCAACGGUCACGCCUCCCGCUGCAUCACCGACAAGACGACCAAGGAGCUGGUAUGCGACUGUGCCCACAACACCGCCGGCCGCGAGUGUGAAAAGUGCAGGCGCUUCCACUUUGACCGACCUUGGGGCCGCGCUACGUCCCGAGAGGCCAACGAGUGCGUAGCCUGUAACUGUAACCUGCACGCCCGGAAAUGUCGCUUCAACAUGGAGCUGUACAAGUUGUCGGGGCGUGUGAGUGGCGGCGUGUGUCACCGCUGCCGCCACAACACUGCCGGUCGCCACUGUCACUACUGCAAGGAGGGAUUCUACCGGGACUCCUCCACGCCCAUAUCCCACCGGCGAGCAUGCAAGCCGUGUGACUGUCACCCGGUGGGCGCCCUGGGCAAGACGUGCAACCAGACGACCGGCCAGUGUCCCUGCAAGGACGGUGUGACGGGCAUCAUGUGUAACCGCUGCGCCAAGGGCUACCAACAGAGCCGCUCGACCAUCGCUCCCUGCAUCAAGGUCCCGGAUCCCUCCUCCAUCAGAUCUGUGCCACCCAGUUACUCGCAGCAUACGUGUGGGAAGUGCAAAAUCACCAAGCGUCGCCUGAAGCUAAGAAAAUAUUGCCGCCGAGACUAUGCUCUGGCGGCACGCGUCAUCAACAGGGAAGAACUCGGGGAAUACACUCGCUUCGACAUCCAGGUUAUGGACGUGUUCAAGAGGACCCGCUCUGACAGGGUGCGGCGCGGCGGGGAAAAACUGUGGGUCAAAAACAUUGACUUGACCUGCAGGUGUCCAGAAAUCAAGAUGGGCGGGGAGUACCUCAUCCUGGGCCGCAAGGAACGCAAGCAGCCCCCGGGCCUGGUCAUCAACCGGCAUUCCCUCUUCAUCAAGUGGCGCAACAACAAGCAGAUGCGCAUGCGUCGCUUCCUCAAAAAAGCGUCCAAGAAGUGCCGGCCGUCGCGGUACUGAGGCCCCUCCCACCCCUCACCGCCACACCGGCUCCGGAUGCGGCUCCGGGCUGAUUCAUCCUCCUCCUAAGGAAGAGGAAAACGGGAACUGUGUCGUCGCAUCAUACUGUAUUAUGCAACACCCUCCACCGCGGGAGAGUUCACAGGUGUUCAGCCAAUAGCCUGGGAGGAUCUGUUGUGCGGCGAGUGACGAGCACGAAUCCAAGAAGGCGAGGAAGGACUCGCCCGCAGUGCCCGGGGCCCGCAGGGCCGCGGCCUCGCCCGUGUAAACUGUGACAGAUUGUGUAAAUCGGAGUGGUGGAGUCUGGAUCUUAGUAAUAAGGUGGGCUGUGCAGCGUAUCACUCACUCAGCUUGGCAGGUAGUGUAGAGCAGCGGUGUGCUGUCCACCAGAUGACUGCGUUGUAUCAAUGUUCACAAUGUCAGACUAAUUUUCGUUCGAGCUCUCGAUGGCAUGUAAGCCAUUACCAUUAUAUUGCUUGAUGCUCUCUUAUAGUGUACUUUUUUCAACUGUACAUAAAAAUCACAUUUAUGUGUGUUCAUAGUAGAAAUCAUGUUCAUAUUAACUGAAAAUAAUAUCCUUCUAGAUAUACUCAAGUCAACAGGCCGCGAAGCAGGAGUUACGUAUGAAACAAACGUUGAAGUACAUAAUUUAUCAUCUGACUUUUUCUCUCUUGAACUCAAAAUGAGGCCAACCAGACAGCCCCCAGGCUGGGCGUGUCGGUGCGGGCGGGUGGUCACUCGCGGCCUGUUGAGCUGCAGCUUGGCGGGCGUCUUCGUCCCCGUCGCACAAGUUCCUAAUUUGACUAGGGCCGUUCGUGAACGAUGAUGGAUGAGGUGUGGUCACCCUGGCACUCAUCCAGGCGGUAUUCUCGAGCGGCAGCACUACCACUCUGUGUUCUGUUAGGUCGGCUCUGGACGCGUGGGUCGGGGAGUCCCUUCGACCCACCAGAAUGUUUUCAAUUAUUCAUUGCUUAACUUACGUGAUCAUUGGGUUUUCUAGGAUCAUCAGGAAGUGUCCAUUUUUCAAAUCCAUUGUAGUGGAGAGCUUUGAACAGUGAUGUCCAGGACUGGAACAGAGCACCGUAGACUGUUGGCGUAGCGCUGUACAUGUUGGCGUCUGUGUGGGUACUUAACACACACCUCGUAGAUUACGGUACGGUUCUCGUGCUGGGGCGACGCGCUAGGCACUGGCAGCCGUCACCGAACUGGACCGCUGCUGCCCGCAGGAUGCUGACCUCACAUGGAGAGCGUCCUGCAUUGUGUUGCCUGCCAGGAUGUGCCUCGCCCCAGCACCGACCCACGUACUCUCCUGUUUGUCAUGCCUUCUCUCGCCACCACUCCACGUAGGAGAACUGAUGAACUCAUCCCGUGCGUGUCUGCUGCCCGCCGUCAGCGGGGCGAUGGUCCCUUGGAUCAAGAAGGCUGGAAACAGCAGGAGAAGAAAGUAAUGUAGGUGACACUUAAGAACUGUUAGUCAAGUUCUUCAACAAAGUAAUAUCUAUCAGGUAAGGAUAGUGAACUAUGAUGGGUAAUACCUGCGAGCUGUAAUUCUGAUGGUGAUGGCGGCGCCGUUCAGCCCGGGGCGGCGCCUCACCGGCCGACUCAUUCUCGCCUCCCAGGGCGGGGCGAGGCCCACCGCCGCACCCCACCCACACUACUGUAGCUGUCAACUGUGUCAUCAGCGGAAUUCUGGGUGAUAUUUACACGUGUACUUCUUAUCAGAGCUUCACCAAUGUACUGGUAGUGAUAACGACCAUAACAUUCUUGUUUUAAGGCAGUUCAUUGUGUGUAUGUAUGUACCUUAUAUUUUCCUUUUGUGAAAAAUCACUUCACAGACCAACCAUUAGGGAGAAGAGAGUGCUGAGUUAUGCCAAAAGGACUUAGGAGCUGUAUUUGCAACACACACACACACACACACACACACACACACACACACACACACACACACACACACACACACACACACACACACACACACACACACACACACAUACAAUUAGAAUGGAGGCACAUUGCAAAUUUUGGUUGUAGUUUUUUGCUUGUUUACUUGAUUUACAACAGCAAUAUUUUGUUCCUGUGUUCUUCACGAGUCCCAUGAAAGUCUGCAGUUUUUGCCUCACUUAGUUUCGCAGCUGCUGCCAAACGAGACUUGUCCUUAUGUUUGUGUGUCGCCGGUGGUGGCAGGAAGUCUCGCUCCCUUCUGCCAGCUGAUCCCGAUGAAAGGUGUGUCCAUCAGAUGAGUCGGUGAAUCAUUCAGCCUCACUGAGGGAUCAAAGUGGCCUCAGGAGGGCUAGGAGGAGAAAUACAUCCGUGACUGCAUGGACCGGCAAGCCGCGAGUUGUCUCUGAUCUACCUUAGCACAGUAUUCUGUUAUUCCUUGUAAAGCAAACAAUCAAAAUGUUAAGUUGGUCAAAUAAGCAUGGUGGUGCGCAGCUUUGCAGGGUUGCUUACUGAACAAAACGAUUUUUGUAGGGUUGUCAUACCCUUGAGACUGUUUAGCCUUGUGUCUUUGUCAUCAUUCAUUGUAGUCCUUUAGAAUUUUGCGGGGACUGAGGAGGAUGUUUAUGGAAUAUAUUAAGAAUAUACAGUAUAAGUGUGCUGAUGCGGCAGCAGCAGCGGCAGAAUGCAGUGUAGUACACAGGAGUUCCACGACUGUGUUGCUCGGCACUUACAGGUCCACAACACACAGUAAUUACCUCAUAAAGUUAAUCAAACUCGUGGUGGGUUUAGGCUCUGGUUUAUCAGCGAACCACCAGCAACUAACCCUCAUAGAUAGUUGGUCUUCAAAAGUAGUAGGUCGUUUGGGUGUUGGCAAUAGGGCGGAGUGCCCAGGGUGGCGGCUGACCGGCCUUGUGCCCUCCUCACAGUCCAAAGGUGAACUGCACGAGGCGCGGGAGGGGCUGGUUCGGUUCUCCUGUAACACGUAACUUAAAUUUUUGUCCUCGAAACGUAUAUUUUUAUUUUUGUCACUGUACAGUUUAUUUUUACGACCGAUGUAUAUUUGCAUAUUUCUGUAUGUGUAAAAAUUUUUCCUUCAUCCUAUGGUUUUAUGUUGUGCCAAACAAGUUUCCAUAAUGGAAGUGUAGAGGGUAAGUGCUGUGUUCGGACCCAAUGACCCCUCGGCCCCCGUCAGUCCCCGGCGACCCAUGAACCACCUGUUGGGUUGCAUGCAGCCCCGGUGUGGGUAUGGAUGCAGGGCGGCGAGAGGAGCCUGCAGGCGGCCAGGGUUGUUGGGAAUGGUAUCUGAAUACAGAAGAAUGUGCAUUCUACAUUUUGUGUUGUGACACUCAUGGCAGCAUUGAAAGAUACUUUGUCGCACAUUAAUUAAUGCAUAAUUUACAUUGCUUAUCAUCAUAGCAGCCAGUAACAUGCGCCAGGACUGAGGCAGCUCCCUGCUGGUUUUUUCCUUGGCCACACCCACUAUUUGAAUAUGACUGAAGCGGAGAGGUGGAGACUUGUUCACUUCAGCGUUGAGGCUACACCCGCAAGGCGGUACGAUUCUCGGCGGCCCUCACACACUGCCGGGCUGGGCAAGCUCUUAUUUAUAUCAGUAUAAUUAGUUCCGGAUAGCUUUAAUUCUAAGGAGGCACCAUUUCGUGGCUGCUCCAGCCACAAGUGAAGUGGUGUGAGGUGGCCGCCGCCGAGCCGCGCGGGACCUUCCUGCAUAUCAGCGGGCGGGCGACGCCCCACGCCCGGCCGCCCCGCACCCUCCGCUGUCCAAAGACUCGCUCCUGUGCAUUUCAUUGAACUUUACAGCAGUCACCGGAUGAAGUUAUUAGUUUUAUUUCACAUCCAGAUUAGAGGUGAGUGUGCAGGAGUCCCUGGGUGGUGAGGCCGUCUGAGGGUGGGGCGCCGACCCCCGCCUCCAGUCAUGUUACCCUUGUCCCUUCGGCGCUCUGUACAUACUCGCUGACCUCUAUUUCUCUUUUAUAUCUACAUGUGCCACGUGUACCACAGAUGAUUCGUUAUAUUAAAUAAAUGUAUUCGUAUUAGAAA